AAAGAUGAAUUUAAACAACAAAUUACUUAUUGGCUUGAUAGAAUGAAAGGGUUGAAAGAUGAAGAUGAAAUGAAAAAAGCAAUUAUUGAUUUGCUUGAUAAAUUUUCAGAUGAUAGAUUUAAUGCUGAACAAAAGAUCGAUAAAAUAAAAAGUUCAGAUGGACUUAUGGAAAUUCCAGCAGAUAGUAAGGCAAUUAAUUUGAGUUUUAGUGAAUUUGAUGAAUUGAAUGUAGAUGCUUGUAGAACAAAUAA